AUGUUCAUGCUUUCGUGGAUUCGCUCUUCUGACACCCAGGCCGCCAGCAACAACAACAAGGCCACCACUCCCUCCUCGACUACCUCGGACGACCACCACCACCAGUCGGACGACUGGGUCUUCCUCCCCGCAGAUGAAGAGACAAUGAUGAACGCCUCCAUCUCCGACCUCCAGCUCCUCUCAGCCUCCACCAUGAUCCUUCGUCCUUCCUCCACACAUCCCGCCUCUUCUUCUCGGACAGCCACCUCCUCAUCUUCCGUAUCAACAACAGCAGUGGUGCACAAGUCGCGGAGGCAGCUCAAGCAAGAAAAACGUCUCCAACAGGCACAGGACGACCUCGAACGCCGACCGCGCUAUGACCCCAUGAUUGCCAAGAUGCGCGACUAUGAGUUUAAGCUUGCAAAGCUUCAAAAGUUGGGGAUGCGGUCGGGUCGGAUUGCGAGCUCAACGACGGGUGGGGCCCAUUCUGUCAAGUCUAUGAGGGGUGCUGGGGCUUCUGGAGGCCCUCAGGUGUCUGCCCCUCCUGCUACCACUGCCUGCUAG